AUGUCCGUCGCCAUGGCCGACCGCUCUGCCGCUUCAACUUGGCAGCUGCUCACCCCCGCAUCCACCGUUAUUGCCGAACGCGUCGCCGAGUCUCCGCGAGCCACAGACCCGCGCCUCCUCUCGCGCAGGCGACGAAUCAUGGAGCGCGGCUCGGACCCGCCUCCGCUCGCCGCUGACGUGGAUGCGGACGCCGCCGCGACAAUUUCAGGGGUAGCCUCGGAAGCCUUCCCCGCCAGCUCCGCAUGCACUCCAACGAGCCGCUCCGGCGCCAGCGGUCCCGUACGAAGCGCGCGGCGGCGAAUCCCAGCCCCCACGAGCCCGCCCAGCGCUGCGAGCAGCGUGUCACCCAUGUCCCCUGUUUCCAUGGUCCGUGGCGCGUGGUCGGCUUCCGCAUCCGCGCCCCGCGGGGGAGGUGCGAGUCCGCCGUUCGUGGACGGGAGCGUGCCCGCCAUCCACGGCGCAAGUGAGGGCUCGAUUGUUGCAGUGAGGAAGGACGCGCUGAGCCACUGCGCGCCGAGCGACUCUGCCGUCAACAUGAUGCCCCCCUGCACUCGCCGCUCCCCCCAGCCUGCUGCAGCCGCGCAAAUCUCGUCCGCCUCCGCCUCUGCCUCUGGCUCGAGCGGCGAGGCGCGGAGGCGCGCCGGCAGUCACCGGCGGUCGCUGUCGUGCCCCGACCAUGACGCCCUCAUGGCCGACGCUCUCCAGCCGCUUCCCGCGCCCGGGGCGCGCAUGGCGCGGUGCUCGGGGUCCAGCAACAACCUCGCGCUCAUCGCGGCCGCCACCGCGCCCACACCCGCCACCCCCUCGCCCAAUCGCCAUCGCGUCCUCUUCGCCGCCUCUGCCGCCGGCGGUCGUUCUGCCGGCAGUCCCCCGUCGGAUUCGCCUCCGCGUGCAACAGCCACCACGCCAGUAAACCGUCGCGGCGGUACGCGACCCAGGGGCCUCGACAGUUCCGCCUCCUUUCCCGCCUCGUGCCCGUCCCCCGUCUUCACCUCGUGCGCUCCUUCGGUCUCCGCCACCCCCCCAUCACCCGUUGCCUGCCCCACCACGCCCUCGGGCCUGCCGCCUCGCUCCCGGAAACCCGCCGCGUCGCACAGCAGUGCGUAUCCGCAGGUAUCUCCACGUCCCGCGUCGCUUGACGAGCCUGCGAUGUUCGCGAGUGACGGUGACCGAUUGCGUGCGACGUCGCCCACGCUCGUACGAGUUGAACCCCCGUCGCAGAGCACGGCUGCCCAGAUCAUGGCGAGCAGCCCGUGGGCGCGCGAGGAGUCGCCGCGAUUAACGGUGGUAAGGGCUAGGCAAGGCGGGUUCAGCCCUGCGGUCAGCCCUAAUGCGCUCAGCCCUACUGCGUUCGCAUUCCCUUUGCAGAGUGACUCGAUACCAAGCCCUCACUCGGUUCCUGUUCUCAACCUUCCUUCUGAAACGGUGAGGACCGGAAAGGCGUGCACAAACAGUCUAACGGCUAGAGGCGUGAUUUCAAAUGGCGUUGGCGGUGAUGCUCGGCUUGUGCCUGUGGCACAUGACGACGGCAGCGAUUCCGAUGAUGACUUCGUGGGGCUGUACCAGACGGUGGCUCAACGGAGGGCCAUGGUGUCCGCCGCCCACCACAUGCACGCCACAGCGGGCUUAGCCAAGCCAGCCCCGACGCAGGCUCACAGCGCAGCAGCAAGUGGUCGUGGUGGGGGCGUGCAUGGAGCGCCUGGGGUAGUGAGCGGUGCGGGGGAUGGGAAUGGGCGCCAGGUGCAGGGACGGAGCCGGCGCAGCAUGUCUGCGGAUUUGAACUUCUCAUCGUGGGCCAUGGAGAUGUAUGAUACCGCCAAAAGUAGCAGAGGUGCAGAGCGGCGAGACGCACGCAAGGGGGCUGUGGCGCCGCUGGACGCGGAGGAGUUCCGCGCGCACGCGCACCGCAUGGUGGACUAUAUCGCGGACUACUACCGCGAUAUCGAGUCACACCCCGUUAGAAGCACCGUCGAGGUAAAGCGCUCAUAUAUGUCCGUCUGCCUUCCUCUCCUCCCACUGAUCCUUCCAUCCCCGUGUCUCCCUCCUCUCAUCCCAUCGCCCCACGCCCUCCCCUCCCUCCAUCCUCGUCCACUCGAGCGCGGCACCUCUCAUUCCCCUCGUCCCCCUUCCUCGUUUCCCUCUCCCGCUCGCGGGAGGGGGGGCGGUGUGAUUCAGGGCACUGCGAGCGAGGCGGUGCUGGUGGCGGUGCUGGCAGCGCGCGAGAAGGCCCUGCGCGCCCUGCACGCACAGCACCAGCAGCAGCACGCACAGGCACAUGCAGCUGCAGGGGCAGGCGCAAGGGGGGCUGUUGGCGAGGGAGGGGGAGGAGAGGGGGCAGUGGUGGGGAGUGGAGGCGGGUUGGAGCGGCUGGUGGCGUAUGUGUCGGACCAGACCCACUCAUGCGUCAAGAAGGCUUGCCAGAUCGCGGGCCUUCCCAGCAGCAACCUGCGAGUGCUGGCCACGAGUGCGAGCGACAACUAUGCCCUGCAGCCCAGCACGCUGCAAGCUGCUGUGGACGCCGACACGCGUGCGGGCCUCCUGCCCUUCUUCCUCACCUGCACUGUGGGCACCACCUCGUCCACCGCAGUGGACCCCAUUGAACCGCUUGCCGCCAUAGCUCAGGCGCACGGCAUGUGGGUGCAUGUGGAUGCGGCGUAUGGGGGGGCAGCGUGUGUGUGUGAGGAGCACCGGCAGCACCUGGCAGGCGUGCAGCACGUGCAGUCGCUGGCCAUCAACGCACACAAGUGGCUGCUCACUAACUUCGACUGCUGCUGCCUCUGGACGCAGGACACCAAGGCAGUGCAGGAUGCGCUGACCACCACGCCAGAGUACCUGCGCAAUAAGGUCAGUGCAUGGGAGCUGUCUGCUCUUACGUCGCUACCUCUGCCUCCCGUCUCCACGCUCCUCAGCGUGCCAUCCUCCUCGCCUUGUCCCCGUGCUCGCCUCUACAUUCCCAUCCACCUCCCCACUCUCUUCUCUCACCCCGCUAUCACACCCCACCUCCCCCCAUGCGCCUCUCCUCUCCUUCCCCCUGUGCGCUGCACACUUGUCCGGUCAUGUGUUGAUGUGUGGGUGGGUGCGGGCGCGAGGGCGAGCAGGCAUCGGACAGCCAGCGGGUGGUGGACUACAAGGACUGGCAGGGCGCUGAAGCUGUGGUUUGUGCUGCGCAUGUUCGGUGCGGCACAGCUGAGGGCGUACAUCCGCCACCACGUGUCCCUCGCGCGCUGGUUCGAAGCCGCUGUCGCUGCUGAUGCCCGCUUCCAGCCCGCCUAUGCACUGACGACCCUGCUCUGCACCCUGCACACUUCCUACCCCACCCGCCCACUCAUGCCCCUCCCACAACCACCUCUCUCCCCUCAUCACCCUUCCGCUCCUCCCACUCACCACGACCCCCCGUCCGUCCGCCCCCCACCACAGCUGAUGGCGCCGCGCACCUUCGCCCUCGUGUGCUUCCGCCUGCGCCCGCCGGGGCAGGCAGAGCAGCACAUGGAGGGGCACGGCGGCGGGGAGCAGGGGGGCGGGGCGAGGGGCGGUGGUGGCGAUGAGGGGUGGGCGCUGAACGAGGCCCUGCUGGAGGCCGUCAACUCGUCUGGAAAAGCCUUCCUUACCCACACUGUAUCACGUGUCGCAACCAUCUGUCGCCUUCCCCCAACCUCUCGCUCUUCGGAGUUUGCACUCACAAGUUUCACCGCUCUACAUCUAUCUCCACCACAUACCUCUCCCAUUAUCCCCACACUCCCUCGGGCUCCUCGCGGCACUCCGCACUCCCUCACUGCUACCACCUUCCUCCCCUCACGCUCCUCUUCAACCCUCGCUGUCCCUCCCGCCGUUCUUCGUUAUAGUCACAUCGCCAUGGCCUGCUGCAGCCUUCAACUCGCGGCUCCCACUGCCGCGUGGAAGGGUCAGGCGCAGUCGCUCACGGCUGCAGGCGACAGAUCGUCGUUCUUUGGGCGACUUCCUGCUGUCGCACGGUCGCCGCUCGUCGCAGAUGUCGCCGCGUCGCGUCCAGCCGCCUCCACGCGCGUGUCGGCCGCUCCGCGCGCGUCCAGCGGGCUCAUCGGCGUGAGCGGCGACGUGGUGUCGCCGCGCGCGGCGCGGCAGAAGAUCCCGCCGAUGCAGCCGGUGGUGCUGACGCCGUCGGGCCCGGCGGACCUGAUGUCGGCGUUCCUGCGCAACCGCAUUAUCUUCGUGGGGUCCGCCAUCAACCAGCAGAUGGCGCAGCGCGUCAUCCAGCAGCUCCUCGCGCUCUCCGCCGUCGACGACCGCCAAGACAUCAAGGUGCGCGCCGCAGGCCGGCAAGCUGCUGGGGGAGGGGGGAUGAGACGAGGGCAAGGCAUGUACAUCAACUGCCCCGGCGGCAGCACGUACUCCGUGCUCGCCAUCUACGACUGCAUGGCCUGGAUAAAGCCGGACGUGCAGACGGUGGCGUUUGGCAUGACGGCGUCGCAGGGCGCGCUGCUGCUGGCGGCGGGCGCCAAGGGCAAGCGCCUCGCCAUGCCCAACUCGCGCAUCAUGAUCCACCAGCCCCAGGGCGGGUGCGGGGGUUCAUCAGAGGACGUGCGGCGGCAAGUCAACGAGGUCAUGGCGUCUCGUGAUGUAACCCCCACUCACCCCACCUCCCUGCCCUCCUCGUCCCCUCUCUCCUCUCAUCUCCGCUCUUCUUCUGCUCUGUGGCUGCAUGCUCCCUCGCAUAAUCGCCGUGCAAGCGCCUCUCACUCUGCCGUGCCUUACCAUGCCAUGCACCAAUGUCAACCUUCUCCUUUUUGCACCCAUGUCCACGGCACAUGCGCCAUCCCUUCAAAUGUCCCUUUUGUUGGAGUUCCUUUCGCCUGGCCUCGGCCCUGCUGCUCCUUCUGUCGCCUCACUCUCCUUUCCCCCAUUCGUGUGCUCCUAUGCGUGUCUGGACGUGUGUGCUCCUUUCUCACUGUCUCUCUGAAUGCGUGCUUGCGUGGACAUGGGUGCAAAAAGGAGAAGGUUGACAUUGGU